CGUUCCGUGUAGUUAAAAGUUCAUCGUAAAAUGGAGAAGGUUUUGCUUUUGCUUGUGAGUUUAGCUGUCAAUAUUUGGCCGUUAGUCACUGGCUCUUACUGCGGAGCGAAGAAGCAAGAUGUAAUGUACGCUAAAAUACCGGACUACCAUUCCCUGCUGUCGCUGGACGAGUUUGAUUCUUUCAUUGUUGACAAGCGGAUGGGAGAGAUGUAUUUUGCGCUUGAAAGACCACCAAUUUUCAUGCCUGAUAUGAAUUACAAAUCAUCUAUAACCAAAAUCCCGGCAAGCUCCAAGUACAUGCAAUCUACGAGUGGAGAGUCGACAAUUGCAAAUUCUCAGUGUGUGCGUGAAAAUGCCACGCUUACACCGAUGUAUGGUCUCGAUAAAACAUUGUUCUUUCGUGGAGAUGGAACAUCAACCGUACAAGCCAUGUGGUCAAGUUGUCCCUCUAAAUAUAUCUGGAACAUGCGCUGUGAGAACUUUGUAUAUGGCAAGAGGAAGUGCCUGCUCAGCGAAACUUAUUUUGGUGUUUACAUACAUGACGAUAUGAAUGAUGCACCGAUGGAUGACAUAGUUCAAGACCUUUGUCGAGCUACUGGAAUCAGAUUUGGCUCGCAGAAUUUCAAAUGGUUCUUUACAUUCGGUGAAAAUACUGUUUGCUGAUAGAAACAGGAAUGGGAAACGUCAACAGCAACCACCAGAACCUGUCAACGGAAAGGAAAAACAAAAAUCGACAUAAUGAUGUUGGAAACAGCAGAAAGCUUUAUAGGUGGCUUCUAAUCGUUCACGUUUAAAAAUAAUAAUAGCUGUCAUGUAUUUACGAAUCGGAUAGAAAUAUUCGUCCCGAGGGAACCUGCACAUUGGGCAGUAAAGAGAAUCAUUUUUAUUAUAGAACUACUUUCAAUAUGCCAUUUUCAAUGUUAUCAUAACAUUUUUGUUCCUUUUUCACCAAACAUCCGUUUCCGUUUCUAAAACAGGCAUAAUAUAGGAUACACGAUCCUUUUGUACGAAAAAGAACACACAGAUUCUAGAACUAUUUGUCUUUGAAACAGCAGCCUUAUGGUAUCAUCGAAUUAUCCCAUUACUAAAACCGAAGUAUCUUUCUUUAAACAUAUUGCAUUGUUAGAUUUAUUAGUACACAUAAAUGCAUAAUUGUCACAAAAAUAAUUAUAUUCAUAAACAAAAAGUAGUGCGAUUGUUGAAUUAAGCAUUCUAACAAUGAAUUAAAUAAAACAAAACACCUAAAACAGUAUUUUGUAAACUUGUUUGCAAAGAUAUAUUGGGUGAAAAGAA